AUGAGUGAGGAUAACAAUGACUACAGAAAACUUGAUUGCAAUAUUACAAGGUCUACUUCUUUAGAUGAUUUAAAUUUCAAAAGAGCACCAACAUCACCACCUAAGUUUCGAGAUGAUACGGGGACAGCAGAUAACUUAAAUAAUGGUACUUUAAAAAUAGAUACAAAACAAUUUGAGAAUCCUUUAUUACGUGAUUUGGAUAAUAUAUUAAGAAACAAGUUGAAGAUAAACCCAGAAAGUCCAGUAAUCAGUCGAAAUAAUUCUUUGAAAAACUUAAGGUCUGUCAGUGAUCCCAAAAAGCAUGCAUUCAUGAAAGAAUUAGGUCUUGAUGGCGAUAUUACUACAGUGAAUCAAGGUACAUUUGGUCCAAGAGACGUGUCGGAUGAUUCUCCAAAUAGUGAUUCUUCAGAUGAAGAAACAGGGAUAGAAGACGAUGAUGAUGAAUUUGUGAAUGUCGAUGAAAUUGAUGGACCUAUUGGAAAGCAUAUUCCCGACAAGAGAGUUAACGUUGAUAUGAAUAAGGAUGAAAAUGUUGAUUACAAUCUUUCUGCAAAUCAAGAUUUUCAAAAAAGCAUAGACAAGCGUGUAGCAGAGUUAGAAAGUGGAAUAUCUGCAGAAAAUCAACCUCAAUUGAAGAUCGAUUGGGAAUUUAAUUGUAAUCGUGGAUUGGAUUAUGAAUUGGGUAAUUGGUUGUCAGUUUCAGAUUAUAAUCAACUACCUUCAACAGUUUCUAGUUUCAAUGAGCAUGUCGAAGAUACCGAUAAAUUUAUUAUAGACGAUAAUUACGCUGCUGACAUCAUAAGAACAUUUGCAGAGGGACUCUCUGCAGAUCCAUCAUCAAAUUUGCUAGCGUUAUGCUACAUGGCGUUAGGUAAUUUUCAACAAUCAACGUCUAAAAAUGAUCAACUCUGUUUGAUACGACGCAAUAAUAUUACGAUGUUCACUCAUUUAAAAGAGAUUAUAGAUGUAUUUAAGGAUAUUGCAAUAUUAUGUCGUGAUGGGAAUGAAAACUUAAAGGAAAAAGCGACGCAAUUGUUUUACGCAUGUACGAUUUUAUACACAAUUACAAAUGUUGCUAUUGAUACAAGAGAGAAAAACUCCGUUAUCGUAAAUCAAUUGAUCCAGACUUUUGAAAAUACAGAACUAUUACAAUUUUUGACUCAGUAUAUCGAGCAUUGGCGUUGGAGUAGUCGUUUAUCGAUGAGAAUAAGAAAUAUUAUUUCAUUAUUGUUUAGUUUAUUAAUAUUACAAUUCGGGGAUAUUAACACUUAUAAAAAAACAAAGGAGAGCGUAUACAAACAUCAUGGUAUUGAAAGAAAAGAAAAAUCAUCCCAAAGACUAACAAUUUCACCUUUACAUUACCAGGCAUUUCAGGAUGAUAUAACAUCCAGAUUUCCAACAUUUAAUAUGACAAACGUCGAUUUACCCCAACCAAUUGAUAAUACUAAUUCUCUAUCUCAGUUUCUUGAGAUACCUAGAUCGAAGGCGAAAAGUUCCUUGAAUUCGACUCUUCCAGCCCCCAAUAAACAUUUAGCAACCCCAGCCCCUUCACCACCAAUGUCACCGAUUUUAAUCCCAUAUAAUGAUGGGGUUAAGACAAGGAAAUCCUUUCAAACUAAUAUGGCUUAUCCAUAUUUGUAUCCUAGUGAUGAAGAAUGUGAUGAUGAUUUGUCGAAUAAGAUAUCGAAUGGGAUGGAAUCAAAUGAGAUAGGAAAUGGAGAUGUUUUUGUGCCACAUAGCAUCGAAGAAGCUGCAAGAAUAUUGGAAAAUAACUUAGAUAUAAAAUUGAGUGUUAGACAAUUAUGGAACGAAAGAGAUCUUUUUAUGGCAACAGAACGUGGUUGGGAACGAGACACUAUUUCAAAGAAAUUUGAUUAUUCUACUAUUUCAAAUCCUGAUAAUUUGGAAGAGAUUAACAUAAUGAAAAGAAUUGAUAGAUAUUAUGAAGACUGUUUUGCAAGUUUUAAUUCCUUAAUCUUCGUAUUAUGUCAAAUUAUGGAAUCUAAUUUGAAUAACGUAGAGUAUAAAGAAGAAGAUUUUCCUGAAGGAAUGAAAAUUGAAACUGUGAUACCCCAGUUGGAAAUAGUAAAAGCCAAGGAACUAUCUUUAAGAUCAUCAGUAGGGAUCUUAUAUACACUUCUAAAGUGGUUUAAACUUAAUCAUGUUUUGAAGUUCGAACAAUUUUCUAUCCUACUGUACGAUUCUGGAUAUAUUAACACAUGUUGUGCAGUUUUAGGUAAGUAUUCCUUGGUUUAUUGCGAUAAAGUUUAUAAUAAAACUCUGAGAUCUCCAAAUACUUUAUGGAAAUUGUGCUCCAAUUUUAAUCCACUAUAUUCGAAAUCGCUAAGUGUGCAAGAACCAGACGGUGAAGAUAUAAAUAUUUCAUUAUUAACUACAGUAACAUAUUUAUUAAAGGUGCUAAGAAAAGUUACUGGUAAUAAAACGCAUAGAUUAAAAACGUUACCUCUAUCGAUUGGGACAUUGUUUAAGCAAUAUUAUUCGAUUUUUAAUUUGGAUAUUUACCAUCCGAUGCUUAGAAUAAUUAAAGAAUUAACUCCGUUUAAGAACAAAAGAUGGAAAUCGGAACAUAUGGAUUUGAUAUCUGGUGUGUUUCUUUAUGAAAGAUUGGAGUUAAUUGAUAAUUGGGUCACCGGUAAAGAUAUAUCAGGUGAAUUAAUGGAUGCAUAUGGGCAAGAAGUUGCCCUUAGGGCGUUGAUUCAAUUUUACAAUUUUGAACAUUAUCAGAAGUCAUUGGAAGAAUUGGGAUACAUGAAGAGAACGGUAUCGCAUUCAAAUUUAUUAUAUAAGGAUUCGGAAUAUAAUGAUAUAUAA